CUAUCUAACAAUACUAAUCAUCUAAAAGUGACAUGACAGAUUUAUUUCUAAGCUGGCAUUAGGCUCGACUAUGGAGGGCCAUAGAGUCCCACAUUCUCGUCCUUAGAGGCCGCAAUCCUUUUGGUCAGCAACAAGAAUCGCGACCUCUGACGGCUUCAACACCGGAAGUCCGCGAUUCUCAGGAACGAAAUAUGUACACCGACGUCCGCUUCAGACCGUGAUUAUUAUUUAUUUAAUUAUUGGGGUUGUUUUCAGGUUAACAGUAAGCGCCAGCGAGAUCGAUCAGGAAGAAUUUGCAAGAGUGGGGCAUAGCCAAGUCUUAGUAAAAUUUGUAAUGCAUACGGCAAACUGAUCAUCCGUUUAACUCAUAUGAUCUCAUAUGGAAUCACUCAUGUUCAGCUACCUGAUAUUGAUAAUAGAGAGCACUUAACGAAGUUCUUGUUUCGCACGCAUUCUCACUCCCACCAACGAGAUGAAACGUUUCAGUUUUAGGAUUGCAGGUUUUCGUUUUUGACAAAAAGUGAACAAUACACGUGAAAAAAGGUCAAGGGGCCACUUUAUAUUCCGCAAGUGACCGUUUUGAAAAUGCUCUCAGGAUUCCCCCGCUUUACUUUACUGAUUCGUUUCAGUUUCGACCGACGCGUAGCGGAAGUUAUCAGAGUGCUUUUUGAGCUUUGAAUUUAGUCUAAAUUCAGUUGUCGUAAGCUCUGUUACAGGGUAAUAACUAGAACGUUUCGGCUGCCGCCGUGCGCCAAAUACAACAAAUUUUACUAAAUAAAAAUAAACAACAUUCUAAACUACCAGAAAAUUAUAUCUUUAGAAAUAGUUCACCUAGGCGUUUAUUCUUGCGAAGUGCAGGAAAUCUUGCUUAACCGUAGUCGGUCCUUACAGCAAGCUGAUCUUAAACAACUACAAAGUUUUGUAAUUGAAACAUAAACAUACUGGCGCAAGGAAACCGAUCGUUUAAUUGCAAGCUUCGUACACCCCAGCAUCACUGACCUAAUAUAGCGCUGUCAACUGUUAUGACCAAUCAAUUUGCUUUCUUUCAUAAUUAUUCGGUUACUCCGUUAGUCCAUUACGUAAAUAACUAUAAUUGCGGAAAAUACAGGAAAAACAAGUUCAUUGUCCUCGCAGCCAAUAAUCGAGACGCCCGUGAUAACUUCUAGGGAGUGUCUGACCGAUUAUUUUACUGCUGGCAAUAACCCUCUGAGGCUACGAGCUUACUAAGAUAAGUAGGAAAGGUAUAUCCAAACAAUGGCUGAAGAAUCAGCUCCGCAGGCAGGAAGAGAGAGCGAAGCCAAAGCAUUCUUUCGCAAAGUUAUCUCUCCUUUUGUUGACGGCACGUUGGACAGUGAACUGUUGGAGCCGCUUAUGGUGCAUUUCAUAAAAGAUGAAAUGCAAAAGAAGAACGCUCAUGGAAGCCCAUUUUUGCGAGCAGAACAAACCCUUAAACCGGUUUCGUCCGUGGAAGAAGUCCAACAAGCCAUUCUCAAGGCCAAAAGCGAAAAGAAGGUUCUUCGUGUUGCUGGAUCAGAACAUUCUGUGCACGACUCUAUUUUCCCCAAGGAUGGCGUUACCCUGCUUUUGACAAAAGAGCUGCGUAAAGUGGAAAUACUGAAGAUAGAAGAGAAGUGUGACAAGAAAUGGCUGUACUGUCGUAUUGGAGGAGGCUGCUACCUGGGUAAGAAUCCCCUGGAUCCUACAUCCGACAUACAAAGCUCCGCUUGUUAUCAGGUGGCUGUCCAAGGGUUCGGCUUUCCUGAGUUAGGUGGCAUUAUCCACCAGUCUGUUGGCGGCUUUAUCUCGACAGGCUCUGCAGGUGGAAGCUUGCAGCACAGCUUUGAUGACGUAAUCCAAGAGAUCGAGUUCGUUGAUGGAAAUGGUCGUCUUCAGACGGCAAAGCCUGGUACAGACCUUUGGUGUGCGGUCGGCGUUUCCAUGGGGCUGUUUGGAGUCAUAACCCAUGUAUCAUUCCGCCUUCCUGAGAUGAAGUUUGUUGAAGGCUCAGAGUCAAAUCAUAGGUUUGCUGACUCGAUGCUUGGACCCAACGUGCAGGGACAGAGCAAACUGAAGGAAAACCUUGAGAAGCACGAAUACAUGCGAGUUAACUGGUUCCCCCAGAAGGAAGUGAUGCGCGUUCAGGAAUGGGUUGGAAAGCAGUCUUUUACUGCUGGAGACGUUGUGCCUUACAACUCCAUCUUAUCCAACAUCUUUGCAGCAGGUAUGGCGGCCAUAGCCCUGGCUAUCUGCAAUUUCCUUCUGCAAAAGCCAAAACCGACGGAUACCGAUUACGAAAUCAUCGGUGACAUUCUGCGUCCAUUUGUGCCCCUGAAUAAGAAACCAGUCAGCUUCCGCGACAUAUGGUUUGAGACUUUGCCCAUGGACAACGAGGCCCACACAGAUUCUAUCAUCAGAGUACAUUUCACAGAGAUUUGGGUUCCACUCAACCAAUGCCAAACCAUCAUGGACAGACUCCAGGAACUUUUUAAGAAUCAGAAAGCCGCUAACAACUUUGCCACCGAGAUCUAUGGCGCCAAAAAGUCUCCGUUCUGGCUGAGUAUGUCAUAUGAUCAAGAUAUGGUGCGAGUUGAUCCUUACUGGUGGGCGUUCAACAAGGGUGACCCCAGAGUGUUCUUCUCAUACUUUUGGGAUGUUUUGCUGGAUAUUCCUGGAGCCCGUCUGCACUGGGGUAAGUACCUUCCUCUGCCGAGUCAGAAAUGCGGGAAGACAACAUUCAACUCGGAAUAUCUGAAGAGCGUGUACCCUAAGAUGAAUGAAUGGUUGAAGUUGCGACAAGAGAUGGAUCCAGGUCAGGUGUUUGUGACCGAAUACUGGCGUGGUGUCCUCGACAUUAAAGCUAUCAGUCAGUUAUCAAUCGCAAUAUGAACUGAACUAAGUAAACUGAACUGAACCCAUUACUACUUUUUUGUAAGAGGUUGUAGGGCUUUAGAGGAGAAAGUUCCUGAUGAAAAUAGAUUGUAGUAGUAUAAUUAACAAUUAAUUGCUAAUGAUUUGAUCUAUUAAGGGCUUUGUACUUUUGUGUAAACACAUGUUUACCCUGAAUGCCGUGAUAUGCUUUUUUUCAAUCUGAGAAGGAAGAUCUCGAUUCGUAUGGGUAAUCGCACGAGGCCGAGUAAAAUUAAGGAUUAUAAUUUCACUUGCCGUUUUCGGAAGUUUCGGAAAUGACUGCGGAAAUUGCCAUGUGGCAAACUACUUCGGAUUAACCAGUCGAGGUUUGACCCAUAGCCCUCCUUGCCUUGUUGUUGUAGGACCUUUAGCGAACGUAAGGCAUUCAAUUCCAUCGUCGUCCCGGUGUUGGGCCAGCAACCACCACAUCGUUGUAAUAAGGGCUUGCGGAUUUCCACUUCCAAGCUGACCACUUUUCCAUCUUCCAAAGGGUUUGUUCUUUUUUGUUUGUUAAACUUUUGGCUCGGUUCGGACGUUUUCCUCUCCCUUCUCUUAUCUUUCGCGCUUUCCCUUCCAGGACUUUUCUUGAACCAAGGAAGGCUCUAUGUUUGGUAAUAGAUUUCGGGUAUAAUUUUGAGUUUGAGUGUCGCUCCAAGACUGCUUGCAUGACUUUGAAUGAAUUGGGCUUUUGGAACCUCUGCAUCAAACUGCGACAAUGUCUUGUCAAGGUGCUUCUUAAUUUUUUUCAUUUUCUUUUUCAGUCGCCCACUUCACGAAAACGUAUUUCCAUUAUAUUAUUUCCUUAUGGUAGAGCAACACAAAACCUUAAAUUCUAAAACUGCCUAAGGUCAACACCUCAAUCUACGGACUGAAAGCGUGGCGUUACCUAGCGCUACAGCUAUGGAACCUGCUACUAGUUUCAUAUAGAACUAUUAGAACUUUAAAAAGGCGGUAUCAAGAAAAUUGAUCUUUUGGUCCUUUUAACCUAACUUACUACUUAUUGUUAUCUUAUUUCAGUACAUAAGAAGCUAUAAGAUUAUCGUUUUUACUUUUUAGCAUAACGUGUAGAUUAUUUUAGAUUGCCUUUUAUCUGACUUCUACUUUUUUAAAAUUUUCACUUAUAUAUUACAUUUACUUUUAAUUCGUGUGAAAUACCUGCAAAUUAGUUGGUGUGCCAUUUUAUCUUUCAUGUGAUGUCACGCCUCGCAUAUAGCUAAGUGUAUAACACAAUAAAUUUCUAUUGUAUUGUA